AGUGUCAGUGGAUGUACAUGUGCAUGGGGUGAGAGAGGGAGAGAGAGAGGGUGGAAAGGGAGGGGUGACAAAGAGUGACUGUGAGAGACGGAGACAAAGUAAAAGAGUUGAGGGUGGAGAAAGGAGAAGCAGGACUAAAUUUGCUGGGGACGUAAAAACACCAAGGAGUGUACUUUUUCUUUCGGGUGAGGGUGGUGUGUUCUAAAACGGAACCUGAAUUCCUUCUUGGCCAAAUUCCAGUGAAACUGCACCUCAUGAGCUGCUGGACCAUUUCCCCAAUGUUUGAAUGGAGUCUUCAAGUGAUUGGCAAUCACCAUGCUGGUUAGAGUGGACUAAAUGCUAGCUAUCUGUGGAAAAAACUCAUUAUUCCCCUUCUUGUUAUUCACUGAUUACAACAUUGUGGCUCUUAAAAACAAGAGUGGUACAGCAGAGUUGUGUUUUUGCAUGACCCUCUGCUUGCAUUAACAUCCAGGAUUGGUUCUGACUUCGAAGAAGGGCCCUUGAGGAAAAUUGUCUGACAGUUUGCCCAACUACAGCAUCUGGGUGUGGAGCACUGGUUCCAGAAUGAGGCCUGUGGAAUGUUGCUGAAGAUGACUUAAGUUGGCAGGCCUAAAAGCCCCUUAUCCAAAGAAACAGUGUUUGGCAGCAGGAAACAGGCGUUACACACAAAUGUGGGUGCCGAGGCGGCUUUGAGCCAUGAUGGUGUUGCUGCUUGUGAAGCCCACGAGUACAGGCUAUCAUCAUCAGUCACCCAAGCAGGGGAAGAUUCAACCACCCAAAGGAAUUCGGCGACACUUUUGAACGAGUCAACAACAACAACAAAAAAAGACUGCAAAACUGCUUGAACUCACAAGGAUCCUCAAUCACACUUACAGGCACACAAUACUCAACCACACAAACCUGUGACAUCAGAAAAACAACGCUGCAGCGGAUUCAAAAGGCGCAGAGAUCAAGCAGGCGCUGUACUCCACCAUGGCAGCUGAAAGUCUAGCAGAACUCCGUGACUGGCUCUUCCUGCUUCUGUUGUGUCUCACCUUAUUAGCUGAGGUGCUGGAACUAGCUGCGGCAGCAAUUGCCAUGGAGACAGGCGAUGGAGAUGAGAGCAUUGCGUGUCCUUCAGUGUGCCGCUGCGAUGUGGGUUUUGUCUACUGCAACGACCGUGGUCUGAGUAUAAUUCCUCCAUUACCAUUAACAGCUGCCAUGCUGUAUUUGCAAAGCAACCGAUUGAGCAACGCAGGGCUGCCACCUUCACUGGAACGUAGCAGUUCCAUACGGGUGAUUUACCUGUAUGCCAACCAGUUGGAUGAAUUUCCUAUACACCUCCCACCUUCAUUACGAGAGCUCCACUUGCAGGAUAAUAAUAUACGAACGUUACCGCGCUCAGCCCUUGCUAAAUUACCAUUGUUAGAACGUUUGCAUUUGGAUGAUAACUCCAUAUCCACAGUUAGCAUCCAGGAGAGAGCUUUCUCUGGGACACCACGGCUACGACUGCUGUUUCUAUCUCGGAACCACCUGUCAAGUAUCCCUGCAGGCUUGCCAGCAUCCUUGGAAGAGUUGCGACUGGAUGACAACAGAAUCAGCACCAUCCCCACCCAUGCUUUUCGUGGGCUUGCCUCCCUACGUCGUUUGGUCCUGGAUGGGAACUUGCUGGCCAACACACGUAUUGCUGAUGACACUUUUUCCCGUCUCUCCAACUUGACUGAGCUCUCAUUGGUCAGGAAUGCUCUACAGUCCCCGCCAGUUAACUUACCUUCAGCUCAUCUUGUGCGACUAUAUUUGCAGGACAAUGGAAUGACUCACAUUCCACGGGGGACACUGGAAGGGAUGAGACAUCUUCAAAGGGUGGACCUAUCAGGGAACAAUCUGACCAGUCUACCACGAGGGCUUUUGAAAGACACAGAAAGCCUGGAGAUGCUGUUGUUGAGAGGUAACCCAUGGUACUGUGGCUGCAAUCUUCGCUGGCUUCAUGCUUGGCUACAUGGCCGAGGUGCAGCAGUGACAGUGAGGGGACUAACAUGUCAAGGUCCUGAAGUUGUGAGGGGCCAGACUCUCAAAGACUUAACCGCCCUAAUGGAGCAGUGUGAAGGACCUCCUGCUGGUCCUAUUGCUGGAGUGGGGAUAACCCCAACAGAAAAGGAUGGAGAAAAUGUUGGUGGAGGGGGCCAUACAGUGGAUAUAGUCCCCCAUGGCAGUACAACAUCAACCUCCCUUUUGGUCCCCACACAAGGAUCCCUUUUCACCCUGCGAGCCAAACGUCCUGGUCUGAUUAUGCCUUUGCCUCCAGGUGAAGGGGGACAAGUGUCCAUAGAGACCCUAGAGCUUACAGUGAAACCUCUCUCUUCAGACAGUGUGCUAGUCAGCUGGUUAUGCCCACAACCAGCACCCUCUUUUCGUCUGUCCUGGCUGAGGUUGGGUAGCAGCGAGUCUCUUGGUUCCAUCACAGAGACUCUGGUUCCUGGAGAGCGGCAACAGUAUCUCCUUACCCAACUCACUCCACGCUCCCAUUACCUUAUCUGCUUGCUGCCACUACGACAAGAGCCUUCCUUUGGGAGUGCAGGCAUGGGUGCAUCUCGAGCUGGCGGCAUGCACACGGAUAAUAAAGACACUGGCCCAGCCUGUGCUCAGAUAGAGACUGGAGAGGCUUUGGUCAGCAGAGGAGGAGACGGUUCAGAUAAGGAAGGACAGGACUCAGAGAUAACAGCCCUGCCAUUGGCUGGGAUCAUAGGGGGUGCCACAGCCUUAGUAAGCCUACUGUUAAUCUUUGGUAUAUUCUGCUGGUAUGGACAGAGAACAGGUUAUGUGUCUGGAGACUCCAGUUCGUACAGCAGGGGUCGAGGUGGAAAACAUUAUGAUGACUAUGUUGAGUCAGGCACCAAGAAAGACACUUCUAUUUUGGAGAUCCGAUCCCCUCCUGCGGGGUUUCAGAUGACAGCUAUGGCGCAUCAACCCAUGCAGCCAAAGUUGGAGGAUGUCACCUACAUCCACACCAUUUUUCCAUCUUCAUCCUCAUCCUCCCAAGCUAAUGGGACUUAUCGGAGCAGCCAAGGAGUUGGUAGCCACAAUGGCACUGUUCUCAGCCAAACAAGUCACCAUCAUGUCAGUUAUGGUACCAACCGUGGCUACAGAGAGGGUGGCAUCCCUGACAUAGACUAUGCCUACACGUGAUAACACAGUGAUACAGUCCUGAAGCCACAACUGCCAGGCGUCAAUUCUAAGGAUAUCAUCCCUGUGCAGUGGCUGUUUUGUUCUUGGUUUCCAAAGUACCCUCUGUGCCUCUGCUGGUUCAAUUCUGAUUGGUUUGCUAAGUAGGAAAGACUGAUUUCUGCUACGUGGAUUUGCCAUUGCUGUUGAGUGACAAUUGUAACAGUCCUAUACUCUGCUGCUGUAUAUUACAUAAUACAGUAGACUCUUGUUUCAGCGCUACUUAUUAUAAAUGGUUGCAUUUUCUCUUUUCACUAUCUCAGUGUCUUUCAAACCUACGCUUCUUAACUCAUAAUGAUACACAGUAACUUAUUUGAGGUUGCUAUUCUAGGGAAUACCUUAUUUAGCAAAAGAUAUAUUUAUAUUAUGAGGAAAGGCUCUUGAAGUGUGUAGAGAUAGUGCUCAUAUCUCCCUACCAACUGUAAGCUCUGUGCUGUAUAGAUAAAUGGAUGACAGAGAGAGAAAUCAAUGGUUGUUAUAACCCACAGAUGACAAUGCAUCAUGGUUGACAUGAAAAGAUGUGUUCCUGCCCCCCAGUUUAAUGCCCUCCUCCCUUUUUAUUUUUUCCUCUUUUUUGUCUGGGGCUCUUUCCUUUUAUUUCUCUCAUGUCUUUUGUGAUGCCGUGAGCAGAGGACGACUUUGUUCUCACCAAGGGAACUGACAGCAGUGAUAACAGUUCUGACAGAGACUGGAGACACAAUCCACAGCAUGGGG